AUGCCAGCAGCUUCAUCCGCCGCCAAGAAGCCUUCGCUGAAGAGUCUUCAGACUAAACUUCGUGCACAUCUGGAUCUGUUUAAAACAAUUGUUGCGUUUGUGGAUACACUUGCUGAGGUUACUUCAAUCGAACGUAUCCAGGUGCGUUUAGCUAAGCUAGACGAACUGUGGGACAAAGUGAAUGCUGCCUUGGUGGACAUUGAAACUCAUGGAGAAUACACGUUGACACCGGAGAAUAGCCCCUCCCAGGUUCGCUUAGACUGUGGAGAAUCCUAUUACGAUGCGAAGGCAACAAUGCUGGAAAGAAUUAAGGAGUUAGAACAGGAAACAACAAUUGCACACCAAUCUACGAGACUUCAUGAUUCUUCGAUGCAUCCGACUACGGAACACGUCAAGCUACCACAAAUCAAAUUACAACUUUUCGAUGGAAAUGUGGACGAGUGGCUUAGCUUCAGGGAUUUAUAUUUAUCUUUAAUCCAUACCAAAGCAGAUUUACCAGACAUCGAAAAGUUUCAUUAUCUAAAGGGAUGCUUAGCAGGAGAGGCAAAGAAACUCGUUGAUCCACUCGCAAUAACCAGUGCCAACUAUCCAAUUGCAUGGGAAUGUCUGAUGAAACGUUACAACAACAGCAAACUUUUAAAACGACGGCAGGUGAAUACGCUUCUGAAGUUGCCAAGCGUUUCAAGAGAAUCUGUAACGGAAUUGCAGUGUCUACUAGAGGGUUUCGAGCGAGUUGUACAAACACUAGAUCAAUUAGUGAAGGUCGAAGAAUACAAGGAUCUACUACUACUCGAGAUUCUGUGCAGCAGACUUGAUCCAACUACCCGACGUGCGUGGGAGGAAUUCACAGCAGGCAAUGAGCAGGAUAAAAUUUCGGAUUUGAUGCAGUUCAUCCAGAAGAGGAUUUCGGUUCUAGGUUCCCUACCCAACAAAUUAUCCGAAGGUCGACCAGAAUACGUUAAAAGGCAAUAUGGAAUACGAACUAGCCACAACGUCACGCGCAUCUCCAAGGGUCGCUGUGUUGCGUGUUCAGACACCCAUCCCCUCUUCAUGUGCCAGACUUUCAGGAAGAUGCCGAUAGCGGAAAGGGAUAGAUUGGUUCGAACAAAUUCACUUUGCAGAAAUUGCUUCCGAAAUGGACACAUGGCUUCGGAGUGUAUGUCGAAAUUCGUAUGCCACAACUGCAAGGGUAAACACCACACGUUAAUCUGCUUUCGCUCAGAAGGGGCAACUGCCUCCAAUUCCGGCACUAUGAGGAGAAAUUCUAGAAAUUCAGAACCACCAUCGACGGAAACAGUGGCAUCUAAUAUUGCACGGCGAUCAGUUUCAACAGUGCUUCUAGCUACAGCCGUAGUUUUGGUAGAGGACAACAAUGGAUUCAGCUAUCCCGCCCGAGCAUUGCUGGACUCCGGGUCGGAGUGCAAUUUUAUGGCGGAGCAUUUGUGUCAAAGGUUAGGUGUCUGCCGACAGCGCUCGAACGUUUCAGUAAUGGGAAUCGGCCAAUCAACUUCCGAAGUCAAGCAUCAAGUCACUGCGAUUAUCAAGUCUCGAAACGAAAGCUACAAACAACAAAUGGACUUCCUGGUUUUACCGAAGGUGACAGCGGAUCUACCAACAGCAGACAUUAUUUUUUCCGAACUACGUUUACCAGCGGAGAUCGAAUUAGCAGACGCCAACUUCUUCCAAUCCAAUGCAAUCGACCUGAUCUUAGGCAUCCAACAUUUCUUUGAAUUCUUCCAAUCUGGUCAACGGAAAUCGCUAGGAGAUGGAUUACCAGCUAUUACAGAAUCCGUUUUUGGCUGGGUUAUUACUGGUGUAGUACAAAACUGGAGGCAAACUUCAAAGACCAUCUGUAAUACAGCUAGUUCGAUACCUUUGGACGAAUAUCUAACUCGUUUUUGGUCCUGCGAGGAAAUAGGAUCGGUCCACAAAUAUUCACCCGAAGAAAUGCGCUGUGAGGAAUUUUUCGUCAAGACGGUUCGCAGAGAAACUGAUGGUCGAUAUACAGUUUCUCUUCCAAAGGAUGGGAAUGUCAAUUCCAGAUUAGGCGAGCCAAGGGACAUCGCAUUCCGACGUUUGCAAUACCUAGAGCGCAGAUUGGAUCGUGAUCCUAGCCUGCGUGAAGAAUACAACCGAUUCAUUCAGGAAUAUUUACAACUUGGCCACAUGCGAUUGGUAGAGGAAACCCGAGAGGACAGUACAAAACGUUGCUAUCUCCCACAUCAUCCUAUAAUUAAAGAAGCUAUCACAACAACAAAACUUCGAGUGGUUUUCGACGCGUCAAGCAAAACUUCAAGCAAACUAUCGCUGAAUGAUGUAUUGCUAGCAGGACCCGUCAUACAAGAUGAUCUCAGAGCAAUUGUCCUACGGUGCAGAACGAAACAAAUAAUGAUUGUUGCUGAUGUGGAAAAGAUGUUCCGUCAAAUCAAGGUGUCUGAAGACGAUAUGGCUCUACAAAGCAUCCUAUGGCGGUUCAACACAACGGAGCCUGUAAAAACGUACGAACUUACAACGAUCACGUAUGGAACCAAACCGGCACCCUUUCUUGCGACAAGAACUCUCCAGCAACUCUCAAUCGACGAAGCAAAUAGAUAUCCCUUAGCGGCCAAGGCGAUGUCAAUGGAUGUUUACAUGGACGAUGUAUUGACCGGUACAAACGACGAAGAUGAAGCAAUCCAGUUGAGAAGGCAGCUCAGCAAACUAUCCGAACGAGGUGGAUUUAGGCUAAGAAAGUUCGCCUCCAAUUCAGUCCAAGUGCUUCAAGAAAUUCCAACAGAAGAUUUAGCAGUGAACGUCUCCGGAGAGGUUGAACUCGAUCCCAAUUCUACCAUCAAAACACUCGGCCUGGUAUGGCAGCCUUCGACAGACACAUUCCGUUUCCAAUUUACAAUCCAGCACUUGAAACCAACUGAAAAACUCACGAAACGCAAGGUUUUAUCUGCAAUUGCAGCGCUAUUCGAUCCAUUGGGGCUCUUGGGAGCUGUAAUUACAACCGCAAAACUAGUUAUGCAGCGUCUAUGGUAUUUAACGGAUGACCAAAACAAUCGUUUGGAUUGGGACCACGAGAUUCCUGAAGAUUUAGCCGAAGACUGGAGAAGGUUCUACGCUCAAAUACCAAUGCUGAACAAGUUACAAGUCCCACGUUGUUCAAUCAUUCCCAUGGCAGUGACAACUGAAAUUCAUAUAUUUUCCGAUGCAUCUGAGCGUGCGUACGGAGCAUGUGUGUAUAUUCGAAGCAUAAGCACUUCAGGAAAGGUCGGCGUACAAUUACUUACGUCGAAAUCCAGCGUUGCACCGUUGAAAUCUCAGUCAAUUCCCAGACUGGAGCUUUGUGGAGCGUUGAAGGCAGCGGAACUUGCGGAAAAGGUCAAGGAGUCAAUCAAACUGGAAGCUAAAAUGUGUUUUUGGACCGAUUCUACUUGCGUAUUGCAAUGGCUUAAUUCAAUUCCCGCAACAUGGUCAACCUUUGUAGCCAAUCGUGAAUCCAAAAUCCAAAUCAUCACCGAACAAUACGCAUGGAGACACGUUCCAGGUCAAGAGAACCCGGCAGAUAUAAUUUCUCGAGGUACAAGCCCGGAGGAGAUCAAGCAAAACAGUCUUUGGUGGGAAGGUCCGCCCUGGUUGAAAAUGGAAGAAAAAUUCUGGCCGAAGCAGCCAGUAACCAUCAACACCGAUGCAGCCGCUAGUGAAACAAAAAGAAAAAUCACGAAUGUUGCGACAAUCGACACGCCUAGUUUUAUUGAUGAAUACGUCGAAAGGUUUUCUUCAUUGUCCGAUUUGAUUCGUAAAACGGCGUAUUGGCUGAGAUUAAAAGGGAUGUUACGGAGGUUAGAGCCAAGCUCAUCAGGUGUUCUUUCUACUAAAGAGUUAAGAGAAGCCGAAUAUGUUAUUAUACGGGAAAUCCAGAGAGAAGCAUUUAAGGAAGAGUGGAAACAAUUAACCAACGGUGAACCCAUUUCACGCAAUUCUCCGAUGAGGUUUUUCAAUCCAUUCUUAGGAUCCGAUAACUUAAUACGAUUGGGCGGCAGGUUAAAGUAUGCUCAAGUUACCGAAGACACAAGGCACCCUAUUGUCCUCCCGUCAAGACAUCCAUUCACCAAACUUCUAUUUGAAUCGUUCCACAAGCGACUUCUACAUGCAGCCCCACAACUACUUCUUAGCUCCAUAAGACUCAAAUAUUGGCCACUAGGAGGACGGAAUUAUGCCCGUCAAACAGUUCAGCAGUGCCUACGUUGUUUUAGAAUGAAACCGAAAUCUAUGGAGCAAUUUAUGGGAGAACUUCCUGUUGCACGCGUCACAAUUUCUCCACCCUUUUUCAGAACCGGAGUAGACUACUUCGGCCCUGUAUAUAUUCGGCCUGGACCACGCCGAGUAGCAGUCAAGACAUACGUUUCCCUGUUUAUCUGUUUGGUGACAAAGGCGAUACACAUGGAAUUAGUUUCCGAUUUAUCAACGGAGAAAUUUCUACAGGCGUUACGAAGGUUCAUAGGACGGCGUGCAAUUCCAAGCGACAUUUAUUCAGAUAACGGCACAAAUUUUGUAGGUACCCGCAACCAACUACAGGAAUUGUUUACAAAUCUGCGCAGCAAAACCCACAAUCAACAAGUUUCCAAGGAAUGCUCGGAAAGGGGCAUACAAUGGCAUUUUAAUCAACCAGCUGCUCCCCAUUUUGGAGGCCUGUGGGAAGCAGCAGUUAAAUCCGCCAAACAGCAUCUGCUUAAAGUAAAUUGCGGCAAUUUCAGCGCGGGCGAGGAUGUAUAUUACAACUGGUACCCUAAAAUACAUCUGCGUACCCCCGAUGGUCAAGACGAUGAUGAAGGCAUGAGAGAGAAGAGCGUACACGAUCGACACCGAGAGAUGGGCAACAACAUGGCGAGAGAUGGUCACCGAGCGAUGGGAUACGAGAGACGGGCAGCGAGAGAACCAACACCAGGCAUUACCACCACAGCAGCAACCGAUGGCAACAACAAUACCACCCCCUACCCCCGGGAAAUCACCCCAAUAACACCCUAA